CCAGUAACUACUGAAACGUUGUUGAAUGAUGAGACCGAGGAUCAAAAUGAUACUGGUAUUAAAUUUGCUCCAGGUGAGAAUAACAGACCGAUAUCUGUUCUAAUGGACUUGAAAGUCGAUGAGUUAACAUUUCCAAAAAUCUAUUGUGGAAAACAACGAAAAAUUAAAGAAAAUGUCAAACUAACGUAUGCUAAAAUUGCUAAGUCAGAAUUAAGAAUGUUUGAUAGAAGAUGUGGUAGAGUGUCAAAACUCUUUUUCACAUAUAAGAAACUACAAACGAGAAAAUUCGUUGAUGCUAUAUCAAUAAAUUUGCGAAAAACAAAAAAUACGAAAAACGUAACUGUUAACCAAAUGCUUAAUCGAGAUUAUGUAAAUGGAUUAGUACAUAAUGAUGAUGCUUUUGCAUUCUUAAGAUUUGAUCGAUCUUCACCAGCAUUCUGGGAACUAAAAAAGAAAGAACUUAUGGCCAUGAAUAGGCAAUUAGAAUGUGCAACAAUAUUUUUAACAUUAUCAGCUGCUGAAACACAGUGGUCAGAACUUCUUGUCAUAUUGACUCAAGUGUUAGAAAAUAAAGUAAUAACAUUAGAAGAAGCACAAAAUUUGAGCUAUGAGAAGAGAUGCGAAUUGAUAAGACAAGAUCCGGUAACAUGUGUUCGCUAUUUUGAACAUAAAUUAAAAUGUUUAUGGGAAAUAUUAUCAGCUCCUUGUGGUCCAUUUCAAGGAUAUGAACUAGUUGAUAAAUAUGUCAGAACUGAAUUUCAAGUUCGUGGUUCACCACAUGUUCAUGCUUUAUUGUGGUUAAAGAAUGCUCCGAAAUAUGACAAAAAUAAUCCUGAAUCAAUUGAAAGAUGUGUAGAAUUUAUCGAUAAAUUGAUUUCGGUUAGUUCUCAGCCAACCGAAUGUUCUGAAGAACUUAUCAGUUUACAACGUCAUAAGCACUCACAUACUUGUAAACAACAUUUAAACGGUUGUAUAAUAUGUCGUUUUGGUAUUCCAUAUUUUCCGAUGAGUAAAACGAUGAUAUUAGAACCAUUUAGUGACGAUGAAAAGCUCUCUAAAAAAGAACGUGAAGAGAUAAGUAAGAGUAGACAGAAUGUAAAAGAAGAACUCGACAGAAUAUCAAAAGAUAAAGAUAAUUCAUUAACUUUUGAAGAAUUUUUGAAAAAAAUUAAUAUGAAUGAAGAACAGUAUAUUAAAAUGAUUCGAGCUGGAUUGAAAAAGGCGAAAGUAUUCUUAAAGCGUGCUCCAAAUGAGACCCGAAUCAAUGCAUACAAUCCAAUGAUAAUGUCAUUGCACAGAGCAAAUAUGGACAUUCAAUAUAUUCUUGAUCCAUAUGCAUGCCUAAAGUACUGUGUUGAAUACAUCAACAAAUCUGAAAAUGGAAUGUCUAAGCUUCUAAGGGAAGCAUUGAACGAGCUAAAAAAAGGCAAUCACACAGUCAAAGAGCGUCUUAGAGUUAUUGCAAAUAAGUUUUUGAAUUCAAGUGAAAUUUC